AUGGAGUCCUUCAGCUCUAAGGACAUGGCCAUGAAGGCCCAGAAGAAAAUCCUCAGCCACAUGGCCAGCAAAUCCAUGGUGCAGAUGUUAAUUGACGACACCAGCAGCGAAAUCCUGGACGAGCUCUACCGCAUGUCCAAGGAACACUCUGGAAACCGCACAGAGGCCCAGAAGGUGGUCAAGGACCUGGUAAAGGUGGUUGUAAAGGUAGGGGUUCUUUUUCGGCACAACCGCUUCAGUAAAGAGGAGCUCUGCCUGGCUCAGGACUUCAAGAAGAAGCUGCACCAGGGGGUCAUGACGGCAAUCAGCUUCCAGGAGGUGGAGUUCACAUUUGAUAAGGCUGUCAUGACGGAGCUCCUGACAGAUUGUAGGGACAUCUUGCUGAAGCUCGUAGAGAAACACCUGACAACCAAAUCCUUUGGACGCAUUCAGCAUGUCUUCAACCACUACUCUGACCCAGACUUACUGACCAACCUCUACACCCCCGGCGGCCAUCUCUGGCCUAAUCUCACCAAGAUCUGCAAUGGCCUGAACAAACUGGUUGAGGAAGGCAAGCUUUGAGUGGGAAUUACGAACAGCGCUGGAAAAAUGAGAAACUGUGGCAAGCCUAUAAAAGAAUUCUGAAUUCAGUUUGCCUGUGAAAAUAUCAUUUUGGUAGCUUAAUGGGGACAUUGACUCAGUGUGAGUUGAUGUAGAUAUUGAUUUAUGUUGAUGAUUCCAUGUCCUCACAAAGAUCCCGCCCUUGCUUUACAACAUAAGCCAUCUGCAUUAGGGCUGGGCGAUAAUGAUGAAUACACAAUAUAUCACAAUAUGAAUGUGAUUGAAAUGCG